GAACACCGGGAUUGCCACCAAGUCUUCAAAGCCAGCACAUACGAGCAGUUCAAGAACAUCAACCCCGAUCGUGUCGACCAGACCUGUCAGUGGGCCUUGUCUCACCCGUUGUACCGGCGCUGGAGAGAUAGUGCUACCGAUGACCUGCUCUGGAUCUCGGCAGAUCCUGGCUGCGGCAAGUCGGUCCUCUCGAGGUCGCUGGUGGACGAAGAGCUUCGGAGUGAUGCAGACGACAGCACUAUCUGCUACUUCUUCUUCAAGGACAACGACGAACAGAACAGCCUCGCGACUGGUCUGUGCGCGUUGUUGCACCAGCUUUUCCAGCAGCAGCCACACCUUCUCCAGCACGCUGUCCCGGCGUGGAACAAAGAUGGAAGCAGACUGCAGCAAGAGACUGACGAGCUGUGGCGCAUCUUACUCGCAGCGACGUCGGAUGCGGCUGCACGUAGCGCGACAUGUGUCCUCGAUGCUCUUGACGAGUGCAGAGACAGAGAUCGAGGCGACCUGAUCGCAAAGCUUGCUCGUUUCCACGCAGACGCCGCGUCUCGGGGCCCUCGUCAGUCGUGGCUCAAGUUCAUCGUCACGAGCCGGCCUUAUGACGAUAUUCAGAGAGGGUUUGAGCAGAUACCGGCGUCUCUACCUGCUAUACGCCUGCGAGGCGAGGAGGAGAACGAUCAGAUCCAUGCGGAGAUCAACCGUGUUAUCCACGUCCGGGUAUCGCAACUGGCGAAAGAGCUCGGCCUUCGCGAGAGCACAUCCGUCCGUAUAGAGCAAACUCUGCUGGCGAUGGAGCACCGCACGUACCUCUGGCUCCAUCUGGCUAUCGACGAUAUCCGCAAGACUCUACAACAAAGCUUCAGACCAGACGAAGAGCCCGUCAAGUCGGUGCCUUCCUCUGUAGAGGGCGCCUACGAGAAGAUACUGGCUAGAAUUGCACCAGAACAGCAUCAGAAAGUGAAGCUCAUCUUGCAGAUCAUCGUGGGAGCUCGGCGACCAUUGGCAGUGGGUGAGAUGGCGUUGGCGCUCGGUCUUGCGACCUCUAAGCAGCACAGGACAUGUGCAGAGGCUCAGCUUGAUGCAGACCACCUCGGCAAGCAGCUGAGGCACUGGUGCGGCCUGUUUGUGUUUGUCAACCACUCGAGGAUAUACCUGAUACACCAGACAGCGCGAGAGUUUCUUGUCGCUCGUCAAGACAAUGGACAGCACUGUGUGCAGCAGAUGGAGAUGGAGCAGACGAUGACAUCCAUUUGCAUACGCUGCCUUAGCCUUGAGGACCGUGAGGGCCCAUUUCGCGAAGAGCAUUUGACUAAUUUUCCAGAGACAGGAAAACGCAGAAGGGACUUCAUAGAGUAUUGCUGUGAGCGGUGGACGGCUCACUACAGCUUGUCUCAGGACGCAAGUGGAGAAGACAUCUUCCAAGGCGCGUUGGCUUUGUAUAACACAGACGGCGAAGCAUUCAAGUUCUGGUUCGGUCAGUUUUGGACUAAGACACGGCGGUAUGAUCACGCAAAGAGCAUGACACCGAUACGGCUUGCUGCACUAAGUAACCACAACAGAGUCCUGGAAUAUUUUCUCGGCAAGGAAGGGGUGCAUGUAGAUGCAAGAGACGAGAGUGGACGAACGGCAUUGUACUGGGCGUCAGAACAAGGCCACGACAAGAUCGUGCAGAUGCUGCUCGACAGAGGUGCAGACGCCAACGCGCAGGGCGGAGAGUACGGCAACGCACUGCUAGCAGCU